ACUACUGUAGUUUUAAAAAACGAGUAAGACAAGGGACACGAGGAGAUGGAUUACUGGAAUAAAACGAACUUGAAACCACCACCAACUUGCUGUAUAGCCUACAAGAAAGAAGAAAUACCGUCUGACUUUGACAAGCUUCUGGAUCUGUUGGAGACUGCAUUGACUCACUUGUCUGAUCAAGAUGCCCUGGGUUCUGAGAUAUUUCUUCUGGGCAGGGUCAAUUACAAAAUGAACUGUCAGUUCCGCUAUGAAAGAACAUUACAGAGAAUGAAGCAGGUUGAUAAAUGUCUCAGUCAUUUUCUAAAGCUGAACUUGCAUGGUUGUUUGGACAAUGUUGCUCAAAGUUUUCCUAGAUUGGAAGAUUUCCAGAGUGAUAUCCUGCAUGUUCCAUCAAGACAGAUGCUGGAGUAUUUACUGGUUCGCCUGCAGGGGGCAGCACAUCUCAUGGCACAGACUUUGAUAUACUGUCAGCAACUAGAGCUUAAUAUCCUGCAGCAUCUGAGAAGUGGAUUUUUUAUACCUAAUAAUGUCUUUUUCACUGGAUUGGUCUCCAGGAUAUGGAUAUUGUGCCGGUCCCUACUCCACCAUCUUGUCAAAUGGUAUGGUGAUUUGAGAAGUUGGGUGUCAAAGUUGAAAGGAACUACCACUGAGUGGCUUCCGGUUGGAGUCAGUCUUCCUGAUAAUUUAGAGCAGCUCAUUCAUGAUAUUCCCCAGUCACUCACUGUGUCAGGAGAGGAAAGUGAGGAGAGCACAAUGCAAACACCCCAAGCUCCACAACCUGCUAGCUGGCAAGUACUAGGAGCUGGGGAAGACCUUGGAGAACCACUAAAAGAAGGCAGUUUUAUAAAGCAGCUGUUUUUACAACAACAUGGUGAAAAGGUUUACUCAGAUAACAUAGAAAAUCAUAGGGGAAGUCUGAAGACAAAAGCAACAUCUGCUUUACAGAGGGAAGAGGGCUAUUUGACCUUAAGUGUUGAAGGUAGUGCAAAGUUGAAACAAAAAAGGAAAUCUUUUGGUGAAAAAGACACCACAUUUUAUGACAAUGAUGUGACACCUUCCAAGAGGCUUAAACUCAAAAGAGAGAAAAUGUCCCCCAAGCUGGCUGUGAGAAAAGAUAUUAAAAUUGACUCUAAUCUUGAGAAAAAUUAUCAUGAUGCAUUUAAGGAACAACAGGGGAAAAUUGAGCCUGAAAUUAAGGAAAUGAACAUUUCCACACAAGGCAAAUUGGCUGCUUUUAAAAGGAAAAAGAAAGACAUCUCUAUGCUGCUUAGACGUUUGAAGUUGAGCAAAAAUGUAUCAGAUCUGAAAGAAAUUAAAGAUCGUGCCUUGCAGAUUGACUGGUUAGCAAAUGGAGUAAAAAAAUCACUUACAGAACUUCUGGAUGACAGUGGGACUGUGCAUGGUCAGAAGACAUUCGGAUCUAGUGCAGAAAAGAUACAUUCCAUUCUCAUGAGAGAAAUUUCGAAAAUAGCUUCCAAGAAAGCUAAACUUAAAACUAAACAAAAGGUGAGCACAAAAUCUUAUGUCCAAGAGAAAAUUACAGAUUACACCUCAUUUGAGGCUUUUCUUAAAAGAGAAGGAAGUGUUUCACUGACCUGGGAAGCUAGUCAUGCAUUUCUAUUAGAGAAACUCAAAUGCUUUUUUGAGAAAAAUAGAGAUAAGGACAAUAAAAAUUUGAUUCCAACUGUACAAGAAAGAGUAGUUGAAAUAUUACAAAUGGGAAGCAAGGAAGCACAGCAUGCUGUUGACAAAGCAAAUCAGCAAGAGCAGAUCGACUCCUACCUACAGAAGCAUGUCACAGACUAUCCUUCAUUUGUAACAUUUCUGAAAUCUGUGCAAGUUGACAAAUUGAUCCCAGGAGUCAUUAGAAAAAAAUUAAAGACUGGUCAGAAAAUAGAAUUAAAACGGCUCCAGUCAGUUUUCAAGACGCAUAAAGGUAAAAAGAAAAAACAUGUUCUAUCAGUUGUACAUAAGAGAAUAAGAACAGUUUUGCUAGGGAAUGGUGAGCAGUUUGAGGAAAAAGAACAUAAACUAUAAGGUAGAAAAAGGAAAGAAAAAUAAGAAAAUAUAUUUAACAAUGCAAUAACUGCUUGUUCCAUAGUAAACAUUUAGUAGCUAUCUGAGAUGUUUCUUAAAAAUGUACUUUUUGAAAUGGAAAAAGUAUAAUGGUUUCAUGCAUUUAUUCAAAUGAAAAGUGUGCAAAUAGACGUGCAAAAAACAUUGUUCAAGUCCUAUAGUCAGAUGUAAUCUUAAUGACAGAUGUACUUGCUAAUAAAUACUUCGUUAUUCAUUUUU